AAACUCAUUAAUUAGCAAGCUAGAAUCUUCAAAGAUGCAUGUCUCUUGCUCUCUCUCUAUAUAUACGGCACCCUUAACAAUAUAUUCUCACUUAUCAUAGAAAACCGUUAAGAGUUCGAUUUCCACUUUCUACAUUCAAGCAAUCUUGAGGAAAAUCAAAGAGAGAAGAAAACAAAGAUAACUUAAUUAGCGAUGUUUCCAACAACCUCAAAAGCUACGUUCUUGAUUUUCAUGAUUCUAAUGCUGAAUGCUAUGCCACCAAUAAUCUUAGCAUGUGGUCCUUGCACGCAGCCGCAUCCAUCACCGCCUCACCCACUACCGCCCAAAACCUACCCGCCGCCACCGACCUCCCCGCCGACUCGAGCGACCUGUCCAAUCGACGCGCUGAAGCUAGGGCUGUGCUUGGACGUUGCCGGAGGGAUUGUGCAUGUGGGAAUAGGGAACCCGGUGGAGAAUAUUUGUUGUCCAGUGAUUCAAGGGUUGCUUGAUCUUGAAGCGGCGAUUUGUCUUUGCACCGUUAUUAGGAUUAAGCUUCUUAAUCUCAACAUAUUCAUCCCUGUUGCUCUUCAGGUUCUUGCAACUUGUGGCAUGACUCCUCCUCCUGGUUUUGUUUGUCCACCUCUAAAAUAGUUAAUUAAUUAAUUAAGGACUAGCGAAUACUACUUUGUAGCUUAAUAAUUCCAUUUUCAUACUCUAUUAUAUAUAAAUUAUCAUCAAGGUCAUAUAUAUGUAUGUUUUAAGGUGUUUCAAUUUAAUUAAUUUUGCUGUGCUA